GCGUUUUCAUUCGUCAAGGACGAUCACCCAGUUACAGUCAGACAGUCACCAUCACAGCGCCACAAAGUCACCAAUAUUUUGAAGCUGAAAGCCAAAACAAAUUACCCUAAAAAAUGUCUCCUGAUUCCAAACUCUCUCUGCUCUGCCGGCUAGUCGACAACCUGCCGGAACCGGAAACAGCAAAAACGAAGGAGAGGGAUCUUCUGAUUUCUCUCUCUCAGAUUUUGAAGGUAAUUCAGACUUGCAUUCGAGAACUUGAUAAAGAGACUGAAAGUAAGAAGAUAUGUUAUGGUGAGUCGGUGCUGCAUCAUGAGGAGCACAGCUGUUUGAUUAAGAUAAUAACUGACUUGAUGCUUCUUCUUAAAGUUGAGAGUCAAUAUGUACAGCAUUCGGUGGGCAACGUUCUUGUAGCCUUUUCUGAGUUUGUGGCUUUGUCUGGAAGUGGGUGGGAUUCUUUUAUUCAUUCAUUAAGCACUUGUCUUGAAUUGGCGAUUGCCAAUGUGUUCUUGUGUUCUUGGGAACCAUCAAGAACUGGAGUUGGUGAUUCAACUUGUGAUUCUUCAAGUUAUGAAGUCUUAAAAUCUAGUUUGAAAGGUGGUGACUGGUCUACAGCAGCAGGGAUUGUUCGAGUUUUGAGAAUUUUAUUGAAACAUUUGAAGCAAGAGUGUGAUGAUCAACUCCUUGAAGUGUAUUUGGGUUCUGUUAGUUCCUUUCUUUCAAAUGUGCCUUGGGAGUCCAUGGAUGAGAUUCAUGUUGAUCAGAGUCGUGACGAUUGGGAUGCUGAUCCUCAGAAUUGCUGUUCUAAGGAUGCUUCAGUUUUCAGAAGUAUUGGUGCAAAAGAGCCAAAAGUUCUGUUUCUAGGGAAUUUUAUUCAGUUCCUUUGCUCUUUGGUUGAGCAAAGUAGUGCUGUGGAAACUGAGUUUGGUUCCCAAGUUCAGUAUCCAGUUCUCUCCAUGGUCAUCAGUCUUGUUCCUAAACUUGCAUGCUGGUGCCUUUGCAAGAAAGGGAAGAGUGUGAAGCUGUCAGUCUCUCAAUACUUCAGACACAAAUUAUUGAUGCUAAUGCUGAGAAUUAGUUACGUAACCUGUCUAGGUUGCUCUACUCUAAUUUUAUGGUUGCAACUUCUUCAUGAGUACUUCGAAGAGCUUUUGCAGAAACCCAUAAGCAAACUCGAGGCUGGUCAGGAUGAAUGUCUAGAAGGCUCUCCUUUUUUGGUAGGCCUUUCUAAUGGAGAACUUGAUGGCAUGCAUUCCUUUCAUUUGCAGAGGCAGACUCUGCUCCUUUUUCUAAGAUGUUGCUUCAGUCUGAUGAGUUCCACAGGAGAGACAAGCAAGCAAUGUGUGACUUCAAAGACAAUUCUCAAGUCUUGCUUGACUGUUGCCUCAGUCUCAGAUCUUGAUUAUUGUAGCAGAAAUAAAGGUUUACUGGAGCUUUAUAAUUGGCUGCAAGGGCAUCUUCCAGAUGAUAUAUUAGUUGAUCAUGAAAGGUAUCUGGAAAAGUGCAUGGGCUUUUCCUUAUCUUUCCUCCAGUUAUAUAUGCAGGAGGAUGAUGUAUUAUUUAUGGUCCUUUUGCAACUGCUGAAUGUGCCUUUCUGUACUGAGCAAUGGUUAAAUGGAGAAAAGCAGACAUCUCAAUAUCUGAAAGAUGCUACUCAUCAUGUCUCAAACCUCUUUAAUCCUGUGCACCUAUUCCAUCUAUUCCUUGCUGAGUUGCAUUAUGACCACCAAGUGCUACUUGAUUACCUUAUUUCUAAAGAUGUUGGAAUCAGUUGUGCUGAAUAUCUUUUAAGGUGUUUGCGUAUGGUACACAAUUCAUGGAACGUCUUUGCCACAUUUUCAAUGGAUUGGAAAGUUGUAAAUCAAUCAUGUUGCAAGAAGAGAAGACUUCUGUUGGAUGUCUCUGAUUUUCAGGGAGACUUGUCAUCGAUACCUGUGCAAUGCAUUUCUCAAUCACUUGAGGAAGAAGAUGAGAAAGAGUUUGAAUAUACCUGUGAAAACCACCAAAACAAAAGACAGCCAUUCAAGGAAGCCAAAGAUUGUUUGAUUUCCUUCAAAGCUUCUGUGGAAAGUCUUCAUAGAAAGAAUUUGUUUCCAUAUAAUCCACUAGUGCUCCUGAAACGUUUAUCACAAUUUCAGGAGCUAUGCCAUAGUUGAAAGAAUUAUCGUCUUCCUAGAAUGGAAGAGCUAUUAGGAACUUUAGUGGCAAUGCCACUGUCUCUGUUCCUGAAUAAAUAGUGAAUUUGAGAUCCUUUCGGCAAGAAGGGUUGGCACUUAGCCGUUCCUUGGAGGUAUCAACUGCAUAGAUUGGAGUAUUCAUCAUGGCAAUUGGGAAGACAUCCAUUCAAUGUUUUAAGGGCAACUGUUCAAAUAUUUUGUUUUCUUGAUAAAUUGGUUGAAGGCCGGGUUGUAAAGAGUAAGCUAGUCUCCUCAUGCAAUCAUGCAGUUACAGUAGUUUGUACUCCACAUCCUAUUAUACGAGGUGCUAAUUUCAAUUUUUGUUUUUGUAGCAGUAUAGGAGGCAAGGAAUUUGUUUUUCUUUUUUGGUUUGGGAGCACAUCUGAAAUUGGGCUUGUUCUGCUUCUGCUCCACGAUCAUCCUUAUGAACAUUGCAUCCACCUGAUUUUAACACUUGAAUAUACAGCAUUCAUCUUUUCGGCAAUGAUGCCGAAUACAUGCAUAAUGCAUAAAGAAAAUUUGAUUGCACAAACUGAUGUUUGGUCUCUGCAGUAUGGACCACAGAAAUCUCCCUCCCUCCCUCUCCCCUCCCCUCUCUCUCUCUCUCCGUGGCUGGAUGCUGUUUUAUGUGAGGAGGAUCAGUGCUUGCUGUUAAAUGGAGAUGCUAUCAAGGGACUAUAAAAUGACAAUUGGAGGUAUCAAGGGACUGUGAAAUGACAACUGCAGGUCCUUUUAAAAGGCCAUUCUUGAAUUUUUCAAAUGUGGCAACAGUUGUGGACCUUCUGUUUUACUAAUAACAGUUCUUCCUAAAAGAAGAUAGACUAAGCUCGUUGGCGAA